AUGUUAAUACAAAAGGGGAUUACUAGAGCUCUAUUUCAAUCUCUCUACUUGGAAUUUUCUGACGAAGCCCCUAGUAUUGAGCUUUUGUUAAAAAUACAUCAGUUACUCUGCCGUCUUGGUCCAAUGGAUCACCGCUUUGGUAUUCGAGCAAGAGUGAGCAAUUGUAUGCCCAUUACAAUUAAUCUGCUCACAAUUCAAAUUGCAAAAUUAACUGCAUGUAAAUUAAUCACACCUUCAGUAACUUAUUCGCAUACAUUAUUAUCGAAAUUUUUUAAACAAUUAACAAAUUUAUCAACAUUCAAUUCUUCUUAUUAUUAUUAUUACUAUUAUUAUUGUUAUUGUCAUUAUUAUGCAUCGAUUAAUUUAAAUUCAAUGGAAACUAUGAAUAAAUUGUUAACUACACAACAAUAUCAUGUUAGUGCCCCGAAACUCACUUCAUUCAUACGACAUAAUUUAUGCAUUCUAUUACGUAUGAUUUGUUUAUAUACAACUGAAAAUGGUGGUAAUAAAACCAAUUCAUAUUUAUUAGGUAAUAAUGGUGUAAUUAAAUUAUUAAUUCGUUUAAUUGGUUUAUUAUCUGGUCUGCAUUUGAAUCGAUCAUUGUAUACAAUGAAAAAUUUAUCAUCCUCUUCAUCAUCAUCAUUAUCAUCAUCUGCAUCCUCUUUAUCAUUGCCGUCAUUACCGUCAAUCACGUCUUCUGCUUCUGCUUCUUCAACAGUCACAACACCUAUGCCACGAAGAACAUCACUACAAUCGAUUGAACUGCAUCGACGUAAUUCUUUAAAAAAAAAUCAUAAUUUACAAAAUGAAUAUCAACAUACAUUGGUGAAAAAUAAUCAACUUUCAUCAUCUACACCAAUAUUACCAAUGAAAAUGAUUACUGAUCAUUUAAAUGUGAAUGGGAAUCAACCGAUCAAUAAAAAGUUAUCAUCAUCCAAUUUGAAUGAUAAUGAAUUGAUCAUUGAUAAUCCUGUUCUCUAUGUAGUGAUUGUUAUGUCAUCGAUGAAAGCAUUUUUGUUAGAAUAUUUUUGUCAAAAAAAUUAUCAUCAACAAAAUGAAUCUAGUGAGAAAAUUGAUUUGAUCAAACCGAUUCAUAAUGCGAAUAAUCAUCAUUGUGGUAUUAGUACACAAUUGAAUUUAUUAAUAAAUAAUUCGGAUUUCAUGAAUUCCAUACUAACAUUGAUCACAUCUAAACCUAUUAUGAUUGCUACCGGUGUAAAACGUAAUAUUAAUUUACUUUGCCAGGCAGUGAAUACAUUACAUGUUCUUAUAAAAUUUAAAAAUAAUGCUGUCAUUGCGAUUAAUAAUAAUGCAGUUUCAUCACUAUUGGAUUUAUUCCUUGAUAUACAUCGAUGCGAUUUACAUUGGCAUUGGAUUCGUUUACAAAAAAGUUUAUUAGAUUGUCUUAAACUAUUGACAGCUAUAGAUUCUGGACGUCAAUCAUUGAUUAAAUCCGGUGGACUUUAUACAUUAUAUGCUAUUUGUUGUGGUUAUAUUGGACCGAAUUCAUUGAAACAAUUAAAAAAUGAUAAUUUGUUAAAAUUUAUUUCAAAACACAAAAAAUCUGUACAAUUUUCUUUGCCAAAGGGAUCUACAACUCAUCAAAAAAAAUCACGCGAUCGAUCACGUUCAAUGGGGAAAUUAAAAAAAGGCUUGUCAAACGAUACUACUAGUACUACUACUAGUAGUAGUACUACUACUACUACUACUACAACUACUGCUACUAAAAGGAAAUCGAUGCAUCAAAUGUCUUCAGAUUAUAAUACAAAUCAUUCGAUUAAUACUAAUCAUGAUGGUGAUAAUAAUAAUGAUAAUAAUGAUACUACUACUACUACUACUAAUACUAAUACUAAUACUGUUGAUGAUCUUGAUAAUGAUUUGAAUACUAUGCAGAAAAACAGUGAAGUUAUCGAUCCAAUCAAAAUUUUAAUACAAACAUUUAUAUUACUGCGUCGUUGUUGUCCGAAAUGUCAUUUACCAGUAGUGAAUACUGAAAACUCAUCAUUCGCUUCCUUGUUACGUCGACAUUCAGAGCCACUGAUUCAGAAAGAUACGCCAACUUCACCGAGAAUAGAAAAAUCCAAUGCUGUUAAAUCGAAACCCAACCAACAAGCGCUUUCAAAUUUGAAAAAUAAGUCAUCACGCAGAGUUUCACUCCCACAUCAUAAAUCUUCACUCACUAAUCAUCUAAAUGAUACAAUCAAAUUUAACGCUAAUCGUAAACGUCUAUCCGAACAAAUUCAUCCAAUACAUUUUAGCUUGCAUAAUCCAUACGCUAUUGUUGCAUCAUCACAGGAGGAUUACCAACUGCAACUGUUACAUCAUUACAAUAAUAAUAAUAACAAUAAUGACGAUGACGACCACGAUGAUAACGAUGAUAAUCGUAAUAGAAAUUCGAUGAUUUAUCGAAAGAAAUCAACUAGUGAUUUAAAACAGUCAAUAACAAGUGUUAUCACAGAACAAAUCACUCCGAAAUUCAAUCCAGUGAAUUCAAGCAUUUUUAGAGCAUCAUUUUCUGAAAAUUUACCUCAUAAAAUCAAUCAUCUAAAAUUAAGAACAUCACAUCAUCGUCAUAAAUCAAUCGCAGAUUUAUUCUUAGCUGGCAAUGAUAUCAAUCAAAUGUACAAAAAACCUAAUGAUGUGACAGUGGAUACAUUCCAAUUAAAUUCAUCUUCAUCUGUCAAAAAUCUCAAUGAAUUAGUAGUCUCUUCAAAUCAAUUCACUACUGAUACAGAAUUAUUAAACAGCCAAGAUACAUCAUUAUUAAUGAAUAAAUCUUGUCUUACACAAAUGACACCAAAAUCAGAUAAGAAAAAGAAGAAGAAAAAGAAGAAACGACGUGUUAGUUUUAGUAAGAAAAGAAAACGUCGGCAUAGUAAGUGUACAAAUACACCGACGGAAACAACAACACCAAUACCAAAUGAUCAACUGAAUUUAUUUCAAUUAAUCAAAUUGUCACAUCCAACCUCAUCAUCAUCAUCAUCAUCAUCAUCGUCGUCAUCAUCAUCAUCACUACCUUCACCCUCAUCAUCAACAUCAUCGACGUCGUCAUCGACAUCAGGAAUAAUUGAAAAGAACACUAGGAAUGCUGUUGCUGCUGCUGGUGAAGGUCACGAUGACAACAAUGUUGAAGAAGUCAAAGAUGAAGGCCAUGAACUAUAUCAUAAAGAUAAUCAAUCAUCUAUUGAACAGAAUAAUGAUGAGUUCGCAACUACAAGUCAACAACAAUGCACAUUGAAUGAAUUGAUUUCAAGUCAUUUGAAAUUUUUUCCUGAAUGGUUUGAUAUACAUAGUGAAAUGCCUAAUAGAUUGAUAAAAGAACAAGUUGAAAGACCAUUAGAUAUGAACUCUGUCAAUUGGCCUUAUGAAUAUCAUGUACCGAGUGAAAAUCAAAAAUCUCUUCAUUCAACUAAUCAGAAGAAUGAUAAUUUUAUGCAAAAUAAGAAUACUACUGCUACUACUGCUACUACCACUAACUCAGAAUAUGUAUAUUUUAUGCAAAAAAUCAAAAGUUUAUCACCAUUCGAAAUGAUUGCCUAUCCAGAUUUAAUCAAUGCCCAUGGAUCGUUGGAUUGUGAACCGUAUUAUGCAACAAAUGAAUUAAUUGAAAACUAUUUUAAUCAACAAUCGAAUCCGUACAAUUCUUCUUCUUCUUCGUCUUCUUCUUCUUCUUCAACGUCUCCAACAUCUCCAUCGUCUCCUUCUCCUCCUUCGUCACGGUCGUCAUCAUCACAACCUACACCAACUCCUAAUGAUGUUCAUGAUGAUGAUCAUCAUCAUAAUGAGUUUGUUCAUUUGUCAAAAUCUCAAACGGCUGCGUCUACAAACGACACCAAUCAUUCAAAACCAUCAUCCAUUGUACAAACAGACAAUGUUAACAAAACAUCUCAAUCAACGCAUCAUCGUUAUCGUCGUCAUCCUCAUCCUCCUCCUCAUCAUCAUCAUCAAUGUCGACCUAAUCGUAUACCACCAAAUCAUCUAACUGAUUUUCCUUAUAUUGAAAUUCUAGCCGAUAUAAAACGUUUCAUUCAACCAAAUGAAUUAAUCAAUCGUGUUGUCUAUGAUUUAGAUCAAUUAAUUCAUCAGAAAUUACAAGAAUACAAUGAACAAAGUAGAAAAUACCGUUCCAUGUCAUUACAACCAUUCGAUCAUCAUCAUCAACAACCACAACAACAACAAUCUACGGAAGAACCAUCUCAAAAUCAAUAUUAUUUAUUAAAUAAUUUUUCUGAUUCUAAUAUUAAUCAAACAAUGCCAGAAUUAUUUAUGACAUCCACUAAAUUAUUGACAUUUCCAACUUCUUUGGAUUUAGACAAUAAGCUUAAUGUUGAAAAUGAUAAUAAUUUAUUAUUCAGCACAAAAAUGAUCAAUCAUCAUGAUCAACACCAAGAGGAUGUUCAUUCAUCGCCAUCUUGUUCCUUUGAAUCGUCAGCAUUCUUAUUCAAUAAUGUGAAUUUAUCAAAUCAAGAUGAAUUAUUAAUUGGUCGAUUUGACGCGGAAAAAAAUCAUCUGGAUUUUGAAUCACGUUUUGAAUGUGGUAAUCUACGUAAAGCUAUUCAAAUUCGACAAUAUGAAUAUGAUUUAAUUUUGAAUCCUGAUCUAAAUGCCACAUCUUAUUCACAAUGGUUUUAUUUUCGUGUCACUAAUAUGCAAUCGAAUAUUUCAUAUCGUUUUAACAUAAUUAAUUGUGAAAAAGUCAAUAGUCAAUUUAAUGCAGGUAUGCAACCACUUCUUUUCUCAGUUCAAGAAUCACUUAAAUCUAAUCCAUGCUGGCGACGUGUUGGUUCAAAUAUUAUUUAUUAUAAAAAUCAUUUUAUUCGACAGUCAGCUCGUAAAUCUAAUAUAGAUAAUGGAACAUACUAUACAGCUACAUUCACUAUAUGUUUUCCAUAUACCGGUGAUGUUUGUUAUCUUGCCUAUCAUUAUCCUUAUACGUAUACACGUUUAUUAAGUGAUUUGAAUAAAUGGCGCAGUCAAUUGUUAACUUAUCCAAAUAAUAUUUAUUUUCGUAUUCAACAAUUAACUACCACUAUACUAUCGAAUCCAGUGCCUUUAAUGACAAUCACUCAACUUCCAGAUUCUUCAGAAGACUCAACUAGUAUAAAUCAACGUCCUUACAUUAUGCUUACAUGUCGUGUACAUCCCGGUGAAUCGAAUUCUAGUUGGAUAAUCAAAGGUUUACUUGAUCAACUUCUCUCGUGUAAUGACGAGAAAAUCAAUGAAUUACGUAAAAUGUUUAUUUUUAAAAUUAUACCAAUGUUAAAUCCUGAUGGUGUUAUUGUUGGAAAUCAUCGAUGUUCAAUAGCUGGUAAAGAUUUAAAUCGUCAUUGGAUCGAUCCGUCACCUGUAAUUCAUCCAACUAUUUAUCAUACGAAAAUGUUAAUGCAAUUUCUCUCAUUCUGUGAACGUUCACCUUAUGUAAGUUUUGUUGUUUUACUGAAUGUAACUAAUAUAGAUAAUGGAACAUACUAUACAGCUACAUUCACUAUAUGUUUUCCAUAUACCGGUGAUGUUUGUUAUCUUGCCUAUCAUUAUCCUUAUACGUAUACACGUUUAUUAAGUGAUUUGAAUAAAUGGCGCAGUCAAUUGUUAACUUAUCCAAAUAAUAUUUAUUUUCGUAUUCAACAAUUAACUACCACUAUACUAUCGAAUCCAGUGCCUUUAAUGACAAUCACUCAACUUCCAGAUUCUUCAGAAGACUCAACUAGUAUAAAUCAACGUCCUUACAUUAUGCUUACAUGUCGUGUACAUCCCGGUGAAUCGAAUUCUAGUUGGAUAAUCAAAGGUUUACUUGAUCAACUUCUCUCGUGUAAUGACGAGAAAAUCAAUGAAUUACGUAAAAUGUUUAUUUUUAAAAUUAUACCAAUGUUAAAUCCUGAUGGUGUUAUUGUUGGAAAUCAUCGAUGUUCAAUAGCUGGUAAAGAUUUAAAUCGUCAUUGGAUCGAUCCGUCACCUGUAAUUCAUCCAACUAUUUAUCAUACGAAAAUGUUAAUGCAAUUUCUCUCAUUCUGUGAACGUUCACCUUAUAUUUUCAUUGAUUUCCAUGGUCAUUCACGUAUGAAGAAUAUUUUCUUAUAUGGAUGUAGUCCAACUGAAUCAUGGCAACAUCCAGAUAUACGAAAUCCAGCUUAUCGUGGUCCAAAUCAAUCGGAAGAUAAUUCCUAUCGUGUAUUAGCUGAUAUUUUAGAUCAAUUAUCACCAUAUUUUUCAAAAAAAUCAUGUUUAUAUACAGUUCAUAAAGCUAAAGAGACUACAGCACGUAUAGCUGUUUGGCGACAAUUCAAUGUACUACGUUCUUAUACAAUAGAAGCAUCAUAUUGUGGUAUUUAUCGUCAAUGGCAUGGAAAUCAAUUGGUUCAAACUAAUACACAAUCACAAUCACAAUUAGAACAACAAGUUAAUAAUAAUAAAACUAAUGACAAUGAAAAACACUCGAAUGAAUCAUCAUCAUCAAUAUCAUCAUCAGUAGCCAUUGUACAACAUCAAAUCCGACCAAUUGAUUUGAUGAAUUUCGGUUCACAGUUGUUAAAUGCAUUUUUAUUAUUAUUGUCAUCAUCAUCAUCAGGAGAAAACGGAGAAGUAGAAGAAGGAGAAGAAGAAGAAGAAACAGAAACAGAGAAAUUAACAUCAAAUCCAAAUAAAACAUUCUCAUCUAUGUCGAAUCGAUCAUCUUUGGAACACAUACCACCAUGUUUUGAUGUUAAUAAUGAGGAUGACAUUUACAGGAAUUUUCUGCCUCAUUAUGAUGAUGACGAUGAUGAAGAGUAUGAUGAUGACGAAGAAUAUGAUGAAGACUAUGAAGAUUAUGAUGGGGAGGAGGAGUAUGAAGAUGAUGAAAUCCAUAAUGAUUACAAACACAAUCAUUACAAUCAUAAUCAUAAUGAUAAUAAUUCCAACAAUGAACCACAAACACCUCUUGAACUAAAUGAAAGCACAGAAGAAUAUCAAUCUGAGCUGAAGAAGAAUUUGCAAUUGGUCAAUGAAAGUGUCCCGCUACACACUUCUUCCAUGCUGUUUACUUCGUUUACUGUAGUAAAAUCAGAUUCUAUUCCUUGUUCAUCAUCUGAUGAUUCUUCAUCUUCUUCUGUCACAAGUUUCUCCAUAGAUAAAAAUUCUGAUAGUGAUUUAGACAAAGAAUCCAUCAAUCAUGGAUGGAAUGAUGUUGGUGAUGUUGGGAAUGAUAGUAUGAACCAAGUUAAAUUGUAAGGAAACGACAUUUUCAUUGAAAUAAGAUUGUUUCUUCAUUUGCUCACAUCAUUUGUAUAUUUCUACAUAAUUUGUUUGUGUAACUGAUUCGCAGUUGGAAUUGACUGCUGGAAAACAAGCAUUUCGUCAAUAACAAAGAAAAAAAGGAUAUUUCAUAUUCCUCGAACCCAGGAUGAUAACAACACUUAUGAAAGAUUAUUUUUUAUUUUUGAUCUUUAUUUACAACCUACUUUUUUAAUUUGUAAGUAGUAACAGUUCACUUCCUUAUUAUUUUAGACUUAUAUUGCCUGUUAACUCAUAUAAUAGGACCACUUAUUAUAUAUAUUUCACUAAAUAUUUGAUGUAUUGACUGACAAAAUUCUUAUGACCUCACAUCACAUCUAUGUACAAAUAAUUUUAUUCUUCUAUUGAGUGAAUGUUGCGUCAUAAGUAUUCACUGGUUCAUCAAUAAAUAACAAUUAGUUAAAUCUAAACAUACAGAUGAGAUUCACUGUAAUUUCAUUUUCAAAACGUACAUUUUAAUAACUCUUGUUACUUUGGCAGCCUAUUCGAGAGACUGUACUACUGUUUUAUUAAUUUUUUUUAAAUAAUAA